UUUUUAGAUAUACAUAAUUCAACUUAUAAAUAAACAAAAUAAUAUAUUAGAUUGCGUAAAAAGUUAAUUGCAGUAAUUAUAAUGAAACAGAAGAAGUACAUAUAUAGCCCCCUGCACUGCCACCCUAAUUCAUUCUGCAUUCUGCAUCAACAACCAAACACAGAUUCUUCCCUCUGUUUAGACUAAGAAAUCUUGAUUCUUGAGAAAGAAAAUUAUAUUUUCUCUUAACUUCUACUUUUUUCAAAUUCAAACUUAUUUUGCUUCAUUCAGUUUUAGAGAGAGAAUUUCUAACACAACUAUGUUUGCUGCACAAAAUGGUUUAAAAGGAGAUCCAAGGCUUCAAGCCAUUUCUGAAGCCAUUAGGGUUGUUCCUCAUUUCCCCAAACAAGGUAUAAUGUUCCAAGAUAUAACAACAUUAUUGUUGGAUCCCAAGGCUUUUAAACACACAAUUGACAUUUUUGUUGAUAGAUACAGAGACAUGAAUAUCUCUGUUGUUGCAGGGGUUGAAGCUAGAGGAUUCAUGUUUGGUGCACCCAUUGCCUUAGCUAUUGGCGCGAAGUUUGUACCAUUGCGUAAACCUAGGAAAUUGCCUGGAGAAGUUAUUUCCGAGUCUUAUGAGCUAGAGUAUGGAACCGACUGUUUGGAAAUGCAUGUUGGUGCCGUUCAGUCUGGGGAACGUGCAUUGAUAAUCGAUGAUCUAGUUGCUACCGGGGGUACACUUUGUGCAGCUAUUAGACUUCUUGAACGAGUUGGUGCUAAGGUGGCUGAAUGUGCCUGCGUAAUUGGAUUGCCCGAAGUCAAGGAUAAAUUCAAGCUUCUAGGAACACCACUCUAUGUUCUUGUUGAGCCCCGGAUGUUAGAAGACUGUCGUUUAAGGUCAAGCACAAAUGUACAUAUUGUUUCGUUCAUUCAAACGAUGUUACAAGUAAUAUUAACAAACCCGGCCUUGCUUGUGGGCCAGCCUGAACAAGCCAGUGCUUCAAAACCAACGAAAAGCCCUGCCUAGAAAGGCUUGAAAACCGGGCAUGAACAGGCUUGGGUGUUGAAAUUCAGGCAUCUGGGCUGAUCAACUCUAAAUUUACAAGUUGCAAAAUUCACUGAAGGAUUAGUUGUUGAUUGCAGGUCAAAGCUAGACUCGCGGAGGUCAGCUGAUGAUUUUGAUCUAUCGGGUUGAUUCGUUUCAAAGUAAUUUCAAACCCAACCUUGUUCGAUAAUUAUUGCACGCGAUUUUGAAGCAAAUGGAGACGCUGUUAAAGGUUGAUGAUGGGCAUAACCGGGUGACCAACUGAUGUUUCUUAGUGUAUUGAGGACUGUAAUCUUACACCUUCCUAGAUAUGUUUGUUUGUGUUUGAUUGAUGGGCUUGAACCCACUGCUUCGGCCUUGUCAAGGUGGUGGUCUGUAAGUCGCGUACUCAGUCGUAGAGGGUAGAGGCCAAGGCAUGGUUUUAGUGUCGAAAAUGGAAAAUUUUUUGCCAAGAUGUUCAGUCAUGUUUUUUUACAUAUUCCAUGAAUUAGCUAAUGUUUUCACAUAUCUCUUCUCCAAUUUUUAUGAAAUGAUAUUUACUUAGUAUUAACUACUUUCA